AGCACAACGUAACCCACCUGUGUGCACCAAAUACAACCCAGAAACCACUAUCGCAAUGGCUCCUCAGCGCCCUAAAAGGCAUCGCCCUAUAACCUUCGCGACGGCUGCUGGAGCGUUCUCCCUCAAGCUGCCAACCGCAUCUCUGAUCCGCAUGUAUUCUCGCACAGGUUCCAUGUCCCCGCUCAUAUGGACCGGCCUCAUGAGCAUCAUCACAUUUGGAUUCUACGGUUACGACAAAAUCCAAGCAAAAAACAAGCAAUGGCGUGUCAAAGAAACUACCUUGCAUACACUCGAAAUGCUAGGUGGUUGGCCAGGAGCCUUGAUCGGACAACACUACUUUCAACACAAGACUAGCAAGACGAGUUUCCAGGUAGGAUUCUGGGGAAUCAUUGUCGCCUGGCAAAUUGCUUGCUUCGCUAUUUGGAGGAGUGGGGAAUUACCUUCCAUGGCACACGGGUCACCACGUUAUGGUAUAUGAAUGCAAGGAGUGUAGACGAUGGGGGUAUGUUUCCUCCGUAUGAGGUAUAAGGAUGCAUUUUCAGGAUGUGUUACUUGGUAAAAGACGCAUCAUAAGACAGGAAAUAAAACACCCCAACACCAUGCUGGCAAGUAUGCCACCCAAGAAAAUGAUCACCCGAAUCCUUCAUUACUUCAUUACGGCCGUCCCUUCUUCCCUGCUCUACCAGAAGUCCGGCUGAAACAGCCUAUAUCAUGAUUUGAUUUGAUAUGUUGAGAGGAACCCCAACUCUAUCGGGAUUCCAACCAUAAGCAGAUGCUUAUCGGCCAGUGAAAGGGCUGGUCAAAGUAUCAGCAGUUUCACCGGCGGCCUCGCCUAGUGGGUUCUUCAUUCCUCCACCAACAGCGUUGCCCAGACCAGUCUUCAACUGCUUGACGUCUUCCUGGUCGGAGGCGGGGAUCUUGGAAAUUUGG